AUGUCGCAGAGUUUGGAGCUGAACCAGCGUCACCACGUCAUGCACCUGCUGCCGGAGGUUGAGUGCGGUCCGAAGGCGUGGACCGUGUUGAAGGAGCUGCACGCCCCGACCUCCAUCGCCGCUACGCUCAUGAUGGAGAGGGAGCUGUCCGCGUUGCGCCUGAGCAAGGGAGAGCCGGUGCAACCAGUUCUGGACAAGAUGUGCGAUCUCUACGCGAAGUUGGUGAUCGCGGGAAUCACCUACCCGGAGCAGACCAAGUGCCUGAAGAUGCUAUCGCUGCUGCCGGAAUUGAGCCUGCCGCAGAACCAGAGCUUGUGGACGCUCGAGUGGGUGCGGACGAAGAUUCUGGAGGAGGACUUCCGUCGCCGCCAACUGAGGGGUGGAGAUGACGGCAGCAGCGGCUACGGGAUGCAAAGGAGCCGACAUGGCAGAGGACGUGGCUUCGGUGGUGCUGGACGCGGCGCAAAGAAAGACGAUGACUCAGCGACCAACACGGAGGGCAAUGGUGGCGCUGAGAAGAAGAAGGACCGCUCCGCGGGCCAAUUCUUUCAUGUGGGAGACAAGGGGGAGCAAGGAGACGCAUCUGCUAAGGUUGGAGCAGAGCUGCACCCCCUGGACUUUUGGGUGUUGGACACAGGCGCUGCUUGGACGAUGACGCCGCGCAAGGACCUGCUGGACGACGUACGCGCUGCACCGAUUAACGAGGUGUGCUCCGCCUCUAAACACAUGUUGAUGGUGGCUGGUGCGGGACGAGCUGCGUUUAAGGGAGCAGAUGGCAAGCCGGUGGUGCUGCACGACGUUCUCCUCAUCCCCGAACUAAAGGCCAACCUUAUCUCCCUCCGUAAGCUUGGCAAGGCUGGGGUGAACACCAACACGGAUGGGGCUCGCACUUAUAAGGGGCAGCUGGGCAAUCGGGUGCUUUGGGAUCUGCAUGAGAGCAAGGACGUGUACAGAUCCAUGUGGCAGCUGCCGGCAUUGGCGUGGCACGGUGAGUGGCAGGCUGGAGAGGGGUCUGCAUCCCAGGGGGAGUGCAACGCCGUUGGAGGGGUUGGUGUAAAAGUGUCGGCCAGAUCUGGGGAGACAGAUUGGGCAAUGGCACACCGAAGCUUGGGGCAUGUGGCAAUGUCUUUGCUGAAGCAGCUGGAGAGAGAUGGAACCGUUAAGGGCUUGAAGCUGAAAGGACAGCAACCUAAUGAAAACUGUGAAAUUUGCCUGCUUUCAAAGUUCACCCGUUUCCCUUUCCAUAGUGUGGCUGGCAGGAGCAAGAAGCCGUUGGAGCUGGUCCACAUGGACUUGGUGGGGCCGCUGCCGGUGCAAGGGCACAAGGGGGAGCGGUAUUUCCUUACAAUUGUGGAUGAUUGGAGCAGGCUGAUGUGGGCAUAUCCGCUGAAGCAGAAGGACCACGCUGCCUCCACGAUACGAAUUGACUGGCUGCCAUUCGUGGAAAAGCAAGUCGAAAUCCGGGCUUGCAACUCCAUGUGGCCUCACGCUGUCCGGCACGCUACCGUCGCUAGGAACAGGGUACUCACCAAGGUUGGUGAUGACUCGUGGGUGCCGUUGGAGAGGUGGCUUGGGAGGAAGCCGCCGGUGGACAUGCUGAAGGUGUUUGGCUGCAUGGCAGUCGCCCACGUCCCCAAGACCUACCGCAAACCAUCUAAGAAUGUGUUGUUUGACAGCAGGGAUGUGAAAUUCAUUAAGGGCAUGAUAUAUGGGAGCUGGGAGAAACAGCCGGAGGCAAGGGUGUCCCAGCAGAUGGAGCAGAUCACCAUGCAGCUGGACCUGACUCCUAGUGUCUGGGAGGAGGGAGAGGAGGCAUCUGCGGGGACUGGUAAUGGAGAGAUGGUACAUGAGGUACCUGCUGGUGGAGGCAAUAGUGUGGAAACCGGCGGCAGCACUAGUGGAGCUGCUGGAUCCGAGGGAGGAGAGCAGCAGCAGGGGAAAACUAAGAAGCCGAAGGGUGUCGUUAUGAGGGGAUGGGAGACACCCGUCUCCAGGCCAGGACGUACCCGUAUGGCUACUAAGAAGCUGACUGCAGGAUCAGGUGUAGCGGAGCAGCAGCUUGGGACCGAGGAGGCAAUGCUGAUUCUACCUCGUAGCUAUGACCCAGAUGAGGAAGAUGAACCUGCCUACUAUUUUAUUGCCCCUGCGCCAGAGGAACCAGCUAGCAUGGAGGAGGCAUUAGCUGGACCAGAUAGGGAGAAAUGGCUGAUUUCUAGGGAUGCUGAGUACCAGAGCCUGCUAGAGAAUGGGACAUGGGAUCUGGUGGUGCUGCCUGAGGGGAAGAAAGCCGUACAGUGCAAGUGGGUGCUGAGGAUCAAGACAGAUGACGAGGGACAGGUCACCAUCUACAAGAGUAGGCUGGUGGCUAAGGGGUUUAUGCAGAAGGAGAAGCAGGACUUCAACGAGAUCUUUGCUCCCACUGCCAAACCCCCUACCCUCCGUGUCUUAUCAACCGUUAGUGGGAAAUUUAUCAUUCAGAUGGAUACAUCAACGGCAGUUCUCAAUGAGAUUUUAGAUGAGAAUGUGUACAUGACGCAGCCGCCUGGGUAUGAGGAUGGUACGGGCAGGGUGUGCAAGCUGAAAAAGUCCAUCUACGGCUUGAAGCAGGUGCCACGCUGUUGGUGCCAGAAGUUGGAAGCUGUUUUAGAGAUGGGAUUCAAAACCAGCAGCUGUGAUGAGAGCCUCUUUCUCAAGGGGGAGGGGGAGAAGCUGGUGCUGUUUUUGGUCUAUGUGGACGACAUUCUUCUCUUCAGCAGCAGCAUAAAGGAGAUCCAGAAAGUGCAGCAGCAGCUGAUGGAAAACUUCAAGUGCAAGAACCUUGGGGAGGUAAAAUACUACCUCGGGAUGCACGUGGAGAGGGAUCCAGAUCACAGGUGGUUGAAGCUGCACCAGGAGAAGUUUAUCAAGGAGCUGGGGGAGAAGUAUGGGAUUGAGAAUGAGCGCAAGGUUGCAACUCCUCUGCCAGCAGAAUUCAAGCUUGUGAAGGCUGCAGAGGAUGAAGGGGUUGAAGCCGAUGAGCAAUUCCAGUGCUUGGUGGGCAGCCUCUUGUAUGCAGCUGUUCACACGAGGCCUGACAUCUCUUUCUCGGUUGGGCAGCUGGCCAGGGUGGUGCAGAAUCCAUCAGAGGAGCAGGUGGAUGCAGCUGAGCGUGUGGUGAAGUAUCUGAACUCCCACCCAAGCAUUGGAGUUCAAUACUCCGCAUCUGCACAGGUGAAGCAGAAAGGGGUUGAGGUGCUGAAAGAGAAGGGGGAGAGGCUUGGAGAAGGCAAGCUCUUUUACACUUGCUUUACCGAUGCUACUUGGGCUUCUGAGAAGGAGGAUUCCUCAUCUAUGGGAGGAUACAUUUGCGUAGUUGGGGGUGGACCUGUUAGUUGGAGGUCCAAGAAGCUGUCAGAGACGGCACUCUCUUCCGUGGAAUCAGAGUACAUGGCAAUGUUCCAUGGGGUGAAGGAGGUGAUUUGGCUGAGGAGGCUGUUAGAGGAGAUUGGCCAGGAGUAG